CGUGUAUCAGAGAAGAAGAUGAAGCAAAGAGAAAAAAACGUCGGUCGGUCUCGGCAACAGUUCGUCAGUUCGAUUUUAGGUUAAAAUAGUGAAGUUAAUAAAAUUUGAACACUUAUGUAAUCGUUACAAAGAUUGAUCUAGCUGUCAACAAGUCAAAGCUGCAAUAUAUGAUCUAUCACAAUAAAAACUGAAUAUUAAAUCAGUUUCAAUGAGUGCCUAUCAAAGAGUACGACAAUGGAACACCUUCGCCCAAGUAUGGCAUCUAUUUGAUGCCAAAUGGCAAAAUCCAUUUCAAUCAGCCCCAGUGAUUGCCAAACACCUAAAAGGAACACACAAACCAAUAUACCAUCCUCUAGCGGAUACAGGAGAUCAUGUGGUGGUGAUAAACAGUCGUCAUGUCGCGUUGCCAGGAGAUGAGUGGCGCAGGAGAUCUUACUUCCACCAUACAGGCUAUCCAGGAGGUGCGACUUGGACCAUGGCCUGGGAACUGCACGAGAAGGAUCCUACUAUGGUGAUGAAGAAAGCAGUCUACAGGGCCCUGGAUAAAAACUUGAUGCGGAGAAAUCUGAUGAUGAGGCUUCACAUUUUCCCAGAGGAAGAUAUACCUGAGGAAGUGAAAGCCAACAUUUCUCAUCAGAUACCGGUGUUGAGGCCAGUUCCAAGAUCAUUACUUACAUACACCGAUGAAGAAAUUGCCAACUUCCCAAAAGUUGUCGAUUACCCAGAAGGCUAUGUUGUUAAAUAACAGUAUACUCGUUAUUGUUAGUUUGUAUAUAAAAUAAAUUAUUUAAAAAACCA